CGAGCUUGCUUUCUCACUAAUGUAAGACUUCGGCUUUUCCUUUUCUUUCUUGUUCUUCCCAUUCUUCAUUGCCAACUUUACGACUUGCCAUGGCCGCUACAGGAACCAUCACUCAUUACCUUACCGUAACGGGCAGAGAAUACCUAGCGAAUACUGGCAUCGCUAGCAGCGAGCUAGCAUCGGUUAAUUUUGACAGCGGGCUCUUUCCUUACGCCCGUGACAAGCUACGACGUCAAAAGAAUUGGCGACAAGACGGCAAUGUACAUUUUGUAUACCAUGGGGCAACGUCCGGCGGCAGGCGUCCUUCUGCGGAGGAUACAAUUCUCGAUCCUCCAACAACUGUCGAUUUGACAGGAAAGCAUCUGGCAUUGUUCUCUGCCAUACGGGACCCGACUAGGAGACCCAACGAAUGUUUCCUCUGCAGCAAGGAGAUGAAUCUGGUUGGAUGGCAUGCCUUUGACAGGAUGCCAGUAAUUCCAGCGCCACUCGCUCCCCAGGCGCCCACUAUUGCUCAGGUUGAAGAGCCUUGUCUAAGCACAGCUGUAACACAGAGAGUACUCAAUGCAGCUUGUGUGCUUACCGACAUGCUUGUUCACCCCGUCGGAACGUACCAGGCCGCCAAAGACGUCAUCGUGGAUACGCUUCCUGUAGUCAAAGAAGUAGUAACAUCCCCGAUCAAGGUGGCGCAAGAGGCAACAAGCGACAUUGCUGCCACCGCGGCAAGACUUAGUGGGCUGAGGAUCAGUUCGAGGGAGCCUUGGGCUUUCUUGGAUGACCUUGCCGAGGAUACUGGUACAGAAGAUCCAAUCGAGUCAGAUGAAGAAGAGGAAGAAGAAGAAGAAGAACAAAAAGACCAAGAAGAAGUAGAACAAGAGAAAGGUCCCACUAUCGCCGGAGUUAGCGAGGAGUUACAGAUUCAGUUUACAGAGCUUCUUAAGGCGCUCGACCGCCGUUUUGACAAAAUCGAUGACAAACUCGACCGUCGUUUUGCAAAAAUCGACCGUCGUUUUGCGAAAAUCGAUAGGACUAUGGGUGCCAUGUUUGAAUACGUUGGACGUGGGCAAGUUUUGGCUCAUGUAAAAAGGAUCUUCAACAUUGAUGAGACAGCUAUUGUGGAAGGUAUGAAACUCCAAGGACGGGAGUUUGCGAAGGAAGAAAACGAACCCUCUUUUCGACGACUUUGGACUGCUCUAAGGCAAAAUUAUGAGACACAAUGGACAAGAGAUGCGAUCCCUGUCAAGAUGAAGCCUGCAAAGAUUGAAAUCAACUUUCUUUAUUUUUGCUACCAUUCGGGAAUCUCUGGCACCUCGAUCGUGUCGCCACCCUGGGCUAGUCCUAAAGCGCCGCUCGAUCAGGACUUCGAAGCAUCGCGGUCUGCAACUGGUGUAGGAAAGAUUAUGUCGGCAUUGGGAUUUUCCGCACCCAACGCAAUCUUAGUCGGAGAGAUGACCAUAAGCGGCCUCGAACUAAACAACAAAGCCACGAAAAGAAAACUAGGACAAUUGGAGCGUGCAAUCGUGUUUUUAUGCACUCACUAUUCGAUCAAGCCUACCCGUAUUUUCGCUUUCCUCCACACGCUUGGACGCUUGCGCGCCCCAGCACGGCAGUUUCGUGAUGAUUUAUUUGGUCCGAAUGGGUAUGCACGAUCAUUUCCGAUCCUUGCUCGGCUGGCCAGAGAAGAGAGAUUUGUGAUGGUGCCUGCAUAAAACAAUUAUGAGCUGCGUAUGUCAUAUCAACCAAGCGGGACUGUUUGAUUUUUGAUUUCCCGUUCACCAUUGUUCGUCCUGACUACCGUAUUCGGCAUAUGUACAUCGUGAUUUGCAGAUAUUGUCUGUGAAAUAUGGUCUGUUAUAACAAUGCAUUGUCGCAUGGUCGUAUGAAAUCGUAAAAUGUAUCACAAUACGUUAACUCGGCGUGCCCUGAAAUACAUGACUGUGCUGAUACCAUCCGUGUCGGAAAUGCC